AAUCGGACAGAACAAGGUGGGACACAAAGCUGAUUGUCAGUAAAGAUAUUUUCCUGUGAACUGACUUUAGACUCUGUCCUAAAAAACAAGAGUUCUACGUGGUGAGUAAGAGAUCUGUAUAUGGUGUGAAUCACAUGAAUAGCAGGAUCCAGGCAGCUCUCCUCCCAGUUAUUGCUCAACGGAUUAGGACACUCGCUGGCUUACAAAAGAUCCCUGAAAAGGAAAUUGCAACAUGUGCCGAUCUCCACAAAAGAGGAAGUCAAAGCUGGAGAGGACACGUCUGGGCUUAGAUUAAAGGGAAAAAAAGAAAGAAAGAUGUUUUUACAGGAUUUUCAUGUGACCUGAAGAGUCCAUUGACCUUACAGAAGGACAAUAACAACAUCAGGCUGCCAUGGACCUGAGUUUAACACUGGGGAGCCUUAUGGUUUUCCUCGGGCUACAUGGGAUUCAUACAGGAUUUGUACAGGACAGGGGUGUAUUUCCUGGGGAAAAAAAUCCUACAAGAAGGAAAGGCAAGGCAAACAUGUCUGUGUAGCACCUUUCAACAACAAGACAGCUGUACCGACCACAAGCCCCAGUUCCAGAGGGUUUACUCCGUUCCUGGGGAUAUGGCUAUGCUGAAUAGCAACCUGGUGUCUCCAGAGGUCUUCAAUUUCACAGCUAUCCCUUACAACAUCACCUGGUACGACUCAAAGACAGGCCAAGAAAUGAGCAACCAGACUGGUCGAAUCCUGGUGCGCGGGGAGACUCUGUGGUUUCUUAACGCAACGCUGAACGACACUGGGGAAUAUGUCAGCAUAGUGAGAACUCCUACUCAGUGCUACAAGCAGGCAACCAGGCUGGUGGUGAAUCAGAAAGUUGCUGGAGAGUGUGGAAGGCCGGUGAAAGCUCGUCAAACACUUACAAAGGGAGUCACUGACAAACUGUCCUGCCCUCUGAAAGACUUCAUGAAUACACUGGAUAGCUACAACAUCACAUCCUCCAUCAAGUGGUACAGAGGUUGUGUUCCCAUAGUGGAUGAGACAGGCAAGUAUUCCUACAUGGACAGGAAUAAACUGAAGAUUGACGGGGUGCAAGAUCAAAACAACAGCUCCUAUACCUGCACCCUGACUUUCACCCUCGGUGGCAUCACGGGAUCCGUGUCAGAGACCAUUGAAGCAUGGGUCACAGUUGCCUGUCUUUCAGAGGAGUACUGUUUGGUUCCACAAGUGCAUGAACCCGCCAAUGAAAUAAUCAAGGCAGCGAUCGCAUCCAAUUUCACCAAGCGGUGCCUCGUGUUUGUGCCGUGUGUUGGGAGGAUGCCCUUCGUGGAUAUGAUUUGGUUGGUCAAAGGCGAUUUCAUCUUCACUACCAAUCCUUCUGAUCGUGUCUACACAUCAGAAGAACGUCCACCUGUGUGGAGUCAGGAAGUUGCUCUUAAAGGUGUGUGGAUGGAGCGACUGCUGAUGAUUUCUGGGCUAAGGGAGGAGGAUUUCAACAUCAACUACACUUGUCAAGCGUGCAGUGACAGGGGCUGUUCCAGGGGAUAUUUCACUUUGCUGCCAGAAGAUCCCAACAUCCUACUUCCCAUUGGAUUGGUGCUUUGUGGUCUGAUGGUUCUCUUUAUCAGCAGUUUCAUCAUCUACUACCUUUUUAAGGUUGACAUUGUGCUGUGGUUCAGGAGAGCGUUUCCUGUCCUCUAUACAAAUAAAGAUUUGGAUGGGAAGCUUUAUGAUGCCUAUGUGGCCUACCCACUGCCCUGUGCUGCUGGAUACAGCAAGGAUGUGGAGGCCUUUUCCAUUCAAACACUGCCUCAAGUGUUGGAGCAGUCCUGUGGCUACAAACUAUUCAUACCAGGACGUGACUGCCUGCCCGGCCAGUCCAUAGUGGAUUCUGUGGAAGAGAACAUACAAGCCAGUUGCCGCCUCCUUCUGAUCUACACCGCCUCCUCUUUCACCAGCAAAAGACACACAAGCAGCACCAGCAGCAAUAACAACAUCAUCUCUAAGAACAGCAAUAGCAGCGAAAAUACCGAAAGCAUGAUGAAUAACACGAUUUUUGAUGGUAGUGAACAAGUCUAUGAAGACACAAGGCAGCAGUUGGAGUGUGUGGCAGCAAUGCACAGAGCGCUGCUGGAGGGAUCUCUCAAGGUGGUUCUGGUUGAGUUGGAAGAGAUCACCCCGGCUCAGCUGGCUCUCUUCCCAGAGUCAGUGCGUCACCUGAGGACGAAGCAGGGCGCUGUGUGUUGGUGGAAGUACCAGAGGCCGACGCAAAGGUGGAGGACAUGUUUGAGAAGAAGAGAAGACGAGGAGAAAGAUGGACAGGACACAGACUUUUCGCCAUCCCUCUCUCCUUCCUUCAAGUUUUGGAAGGAGAUAAGGUAUCAUAUGCCAGUGAGGGGCAAGAGAGUGGUACACCCUGAGAGGACUGCCCUGCUGAACUUAUGAUGGGGGUUAUCCUAUAUAAGUGUCAACUGUUGGACCACAGAGUAGCUGGUUUCCAAUACAAAUGUGUCUGGUAGUAAUCACAGACAAUUCAUAAAUACUGGAGACUCAACAGCAAUACCUCGCACCCGAUAUGCAGAUCAUCACAGUGUCUGGGAUAUCCGGAGAUUGCCGGCAUCAAUACAUGAACUGUUGACAUAACCUGGUAGGUGGCGACUGAAGAAUAAAGUAGACAAAGGAAUGAUGAAACCAAAUGAAAAUGUGUUUAAUGUACAUAUGUAUGAUGAAAAGUGUAAAUAUGUAAAAUAAAACUAAAUGUCUACAGUA